AUGGACAGCGCGGCCGGCGCCGCCUUCGCCCUGGACAAGCCUCCGCUGGGCCCGGGGCCGCCGCCGCCACCGGCCGCGCUGGGUCCCGGCGACUGCGCCCAGGCGCGCAAGAACUUCACCGUGAGCCACCUCCUGGACCUGGAGGAGGUGGCGGCCGCGGGGAGACUGGCCGCGCGCCCCGGGGCCCGGGCCGACGUGCGGGAGCGGGAGGGCGCGACGCGGGGACCCUCCGGGGGCAGCAGCGGCAGCGAGGCGGCGCCCCAGGACGGUGAUUGCCCCAGCCCGGGGCGUGGAGGGGCCACCAAGAGGAAGAAGAAGCAGCGGAGGAACCGCACGACGUUCAACAGCAGCCAGCUGCAGGCCCUGGAGCGCGUGUUCGAGCGCACCCACUACCCCGACGCCUUCGUGCGGGAGGAGUUGGCCCGGCGCGUGAACCUCAGUGAGGCACGGGUGCAGGUCUGGUUUCAGAACCGCAGAGCCAAGUUCCGCCGAAACGAACGAGCCAUGUUGGCCAACCGCUCCGCCUCACUGCUCAAGUCCUACAGCCAGGAGGCCGCCAUUGAACAGCCUGUGGCCCCUAGGCCCACUGCCCUGAGCCCAGACUACCUGUCCUGGACCCCUUCGACCCCCUACAGCACGGUGCCCUCGUACAGCCCAGGAGGGGCCGGCCCCACAGCCUCGGGCGUCAACAUGGCCAACAGCAUCGCUAGUCUCCGCCUCAAAGCCAAGGAGUUCAGCCUUCACCACAGCCAGGUGCCCACGGUGAACUGA